AUGCAUCCCAGAGUUCAACGCUCCGUUCUCUACCACCAUCUGUCGGAUCCUCUGCUUCGAAAAGGUUACAGCAAACCCCCUCCCCACCCACCCUCUGCGCCCACCCCAGGGUUUCUAACUGCCGAAAUAGGGAUGGCCUACUCAUCCACUCAUCUCUACACGCUUCUCCUACCGCUCAGGAGACUCACUUCCCUCCCCUCCACCUCCCCUUUUCUCCUCCCACCCCAUUCUCCUCAAGCUACUACCACAAAGCACCAGUUGAGCAUUAAGAGGCAGUGCCACCUCAAGACGUCGCCAGAAGCAGAAAUCUUCAAUAUGAAUACAGACAGUGGAGGAGCAGUACGCCAAUGCAGCACACUCUCACUCACUCUAGCCCCUAUGAAGAGAAUCCAGAGCUCUCCAAACCUAUACGGGCUGACAGGUCCUGAAUCUCACUCAUCAGAAUCAGAUGUCUGGAGAAGCCACGGCACAAACGCUGGGAUGAGGAACGGUGACUCUGCUGUUUCCUCUCUGGCAGCGAAAGGCUUCAGAAGCGUCAGGCCGAACCUCCAAGAUAAGAAAUCUCCAACACCGGCUCCACCUCCAAGAAGAGGGAGUUUUCCAUUACAUCCUUCUGGCUGUAAUCCGCCGGCCCGUAGUCUCCCCCAGUCUCUAACGCAAUCCCGUUCUGUCCCCGUGGUCAGCACACAUAGCCCUCUCACCAGAGAAACCAUGUCUUCGCUCUCGUUCCUGGAUGAAGCCUCAGUACAGUCAAAAUCCAGAGAUGACUCCCUAUCUAACUUAAACGGCAGCAUUUCCAUGAUAAAUUACCCAGUUCAGGUGGUGGGGGAUAGUCCAGCAUCCUUGAGUGUAGCUUCAGCAGAGAAACCUAGUGCCCUUGGAUCUUCUAGUAAUCUUCCCUCUCCCAGCGGCCAAGCUUCCAAGGCUCCAGGGAGACACGUAGCAUCCCUGUCUGUGCACAUCAGCCCUCGGUCCCGAAUCUGGUCCCUCCCUCACCACACACAGGCUCUCUCUCCAAGCCCUACUUCACUGUCAACCAGGAAAUCUAACUCCCAGAAUACCAAGCCAUCCUCCCGCCCUCCACUGCCCCCUACAGGGAAACAGGGGCCUGAGGCCCCGCCCACUCAAAGACAGCCUUCGCCCGGAUCUCCGCCGGCCGUGCAGACACUCCCUAACAGGAUCCAUCUCUCUCCUGAUUUCGCUUCCCCACACACUACCGAUGUACCCCCCAGGGUCCCCUCCCCUGGCUGUCCUUCCCCGUCCCCGGAUUCUCGGCUGGCCCCCGGGCACAGCCGCUGUUCAUCUAGGACGCAGAGCGAAGCCUCCACAGCCCUGCUGGAGGAGCUGAGAGUCUUUGGCGUUGACACGGAGGCGGAGUCUGAAAGCCCCUCCCCCACCCUCAGUCAGAUGAGCGCGCUGACUGAGCUUGCUACGCUAACCGGCGCCGUCGCUACUGCUAAUGGACAGAUGACGGUAAAUGGAAAUUUGGGUGUGGCAGGGAGUCCUCAUAGUCACCUCCAGAGGUCUUACUCUCCAUCUACAUACCCUCCCCCUCCCUCACUGGGCACCAGUCUCUCUAACGUACAGUCGGGCAGGAGCACCACAGAGACCAGCAGCCCAAGCCUCAACAGCCUGGGUUCAGUUACACCCACCCGAACACCGGAGGAGGAACGGAGAGGGUCUGCGGGCAAAGCCCCACACUACCCUGGCAUAGGCCCGGUGGACGAGUCUGGCAUCCCCAUCGCUAUCCGAACGACAGUGGACAGGCCAAAAGACUGGUACAAAACCAUGUUCAAGCAGAUUCAUGUGGUCCCUAAACCAGAAACUGAAUACACGGGCAACCGCAAUGCCACCUAUCCAUAUACAAACACUGUGACUUUGUCUUUUCGUACAGAAAAGCAGGGUCCACCAAAGCCAGCCCAGGCUCAUCCCGCGCCCCAGACCCACACGUACAGGCCUCUGACUAAAAGCACCUCUGACAACGGCACGUAUUCCUUCAGAGAGUCCAGUGCCUCUCCGUCACUGUCCCCUUCACCAGCACCGCCCACCACGCAAGCCCCGCCCAGAACACACGACCGGGACAGCCGCCAGAGCGACCGCAGCGGCACAGUGGACACGAAUGAAUGGGGCCCUCCCGACAGAAAAGUGGACACUCGGAGAUACCGAGCAGAGCCCAGAAGUAUCUUUGACUAUGAACCUGGGAAGUCGUCCAUUCUGGAACAGGAGAGGGCGAUGAGUACUUUAAAUCCAGAUGAGUUAGAUUUAGUGAAUGAGCCCUGGUAUAAGUUCUUUUCAGAGCUGGAGUUCGGACGGCCGCCUCCUAAAAAACGGCUGGAACUUUAUCCAGAAAGCUCACCCAGAAUCCGUACUGAGACCUCCCUUUACCAGACUCCUGUAGAGAGGAACCUUGACAGCCCAUCAAGUUCUGCCAGUGAUAACAGGAAGAGACGGAAGUCAGAGCCAUUGGCUACUCAGUCCAGACCCCAGAGUAGUCUAAGUGUUACCCAGACCUCUCUCCAUGCAGCAGAGCCUCCUAGGGCCAGCCAUCCCCAGAGAAAACCGCUCAGCAGUUCCUCCUCCUCCUCCACCCCCACCAGAUCUAAAGGUGGGGAAUUUAGCAAUAUGUAUUCAGCACAUGUAAAUUGUUCAAGUCCUAACCAUGAUACCUCAGUUGAAUCAGUAUCCACCUAUCAGAAUGAAAACCAAAAAACUGGCAGCAAUACUGUAACGCCCUCUGGCUCAGAGAACUCUUCCUGCCUUACAAACGGCUGGCAGGAAGACCAAAAAACCACAGAAAUCCUGGUCAAUGGAGAAGAGACUACAUCUCCUAAACUCAAAUCCUGGAGCUGUGAUGACCUGCUGUCUGAUGAGCCAGGGAGGGCAGGGGGAGUUCAGAUUCGUUCAGAGAGCGCCGGCUCCCUUAUAGCCAAUGGGGAGCCGGAGGGAUCUCACUAUAGUGACAGUCAAGACCAAAAAGAGAAGACUAGGCAUCGCACAAACCAUGAUGCACCAGCGUUUCGUAAACUCUACAAGAGGAUGCACCACAUCAACCGGCAGGACCUGAUUAAGUCCGAAGUCAUUUGCUCUGUCAAGGCUAGGAUCCGUAAGUAUGAAAGCGAACAGCAUAAAGACCGGAGGUUGGGCGUACAGGGUUGUGGUAAUGAAGUUCCUAGGAACAUGGUGCCAAAUAGGAUCUCAGAAUUUGAGAGCUUGAUUCAGAAAUCUAAAUCCAUGCCUAACCUGGCGGAGGAGAGGCAGUCGAGGGGAACCUCCAGAGGGUGCGGUAGUCCGAAACGCAGCUUUUCCAUCGAGUCCUUGCUGGAUGAGGACCCCCCUUCCAGGAACCCUCCAGAAGGUCGACCACAGUACCCCAAGAUCAGUGCUCAUGUGCCAAAUCACAUCCAAGUCACCGCUGACCACUUGCGACAUCCUACAACACAUCAGGACUAUGACAGUGACCACGAUGCCAUGGUGUCAGAUCUCAGUGAUUUCCUCCAAGUUGAGGGCUCCUCGUUCUGCAGCGAGAGUGAUUUCGACCACUGUUCCUUCGCCUCCUCCGAAAGCUUCUGUGGUUCAGGGCACUAUCACCAUUACAACAGGCAACUGGUCAGCUCCUGCAAAGGUCGCUGUCCGGCCUCCUACACACGUUUUACCACCAUGAUCAAACACGAGAGGGCCCAACAGGGCCGGAGACAGCAUCUGCGAGUUGAGGAAUCUGAGUCUGGGCAUAACAAGCUUGCCUUCCUGGUCAGCCCAGUGCCUUUCCGCCGAAAGAAGAAUAUGUCCCCUCAGAGGCACAACCAUAUGCCAAAAUCCAAGAGCUGUGUGUACGAGGCCUUAGACUCAGCCCUGAAGGACAUUUAUGAUCACAUUCAAGCCGAAAAACGUCGAGGCAGCCUGCCGGAUAACAGCAUUCUUCACAGGCUGUUGGCGGAGUUGCUCCCAGACAUUCCCGAACGGAAUUCCUCAUUGCGGACGAUCCACAGGGGAAGCCCUGUGCCACAGCACCGUUCUUACCACUCUCAGCCCGAUGGCAUGCCCAGCCAGGACUGCUAUCAACCAGAGCACACACAGCUACCGCACAGUGCUUCCUACCAUUACAUGGACAACAACAAUAACCAGAGGAACCAGAGCUCUCAAAACUACUAUCAAGACCAGGACACGUCCAGAGGUUACUCAUAUGCCGAUGUAGGGCGGUACACUCCACAGAGCAGAAAGCCUCUACCUGAAGUCAAAGAGAAAAUACCAGCCAGAGCAAUAUAUGACUUCAAAGCCCAGACAGCAAAAGAACUGACCUUCAAGAAAGGGGAGACUGUUUACAUCACGAGACAGAUUGACAACAACUGGUAUGAAGGAGAGCAGCAUGGACGCAUUGGCAUCUUUCCCAUUUCCUAUGUGGAGAAAAUUCCUCUAUCAGAGAGGCAGCAACCAGCAAGGCCUCCUCCACCAGCCCAAAGCAGAGAGAUAGGGGAGGCAGUAGCUCGUUACAACUUUAAUGCUGACACCAAUGUGGAACUGUCAUUGCGAAAGGGCGAGAGAGUGAUUCUCCUUCGACAAGUGGAUCAGAAUUGGUUUGAGGGAAAGAUCCCCGACACAAACAAGCAGGGGAUCUUUCCAGUGUCGUACGUGGAUGUUAUCAGGAGAGUCCCUGUGAAAAGUUCUGGCCAGCACUCAGCAUCACCCAUGCCACACAGUCACUCCGGUGACAGAGUGUACAGCAGGCCAUCCUCCUCUCGUACCCAGUACAGCUCUUCAUCCCCUACCCUCCGGCAGCGCUCCUCUCUCUCUUCCACCCCACAGAAGUCAGCCCACCUCCAGGCCAUCACCAAUGAGUGGCUGGCCCUUACUCUGGGUCUGUCCCCUGGCAGCACCCCUGCACCCACCCCUCCGCCUUUCCCUUCGGAGUUUCAGCCUGACUUUGACUUUCUCGACUCUCUGGUCUCCCCGUCCCCGGCGUCUUCCAUACGUUCCCCAGCCCUCACGCCUCGCACCCUCACUCCGGCUCUGAAGGAGGGCCACUUCGUUCCCAUCACCUCCCCGAAAUCCUGCCUGUCUCCCGCCCUGAGCCCCUCACCUCAGCAUUACCUCCCUUCCACUUCCCUCACUCCCUCUCCGACCUCCCCCACCUUCGACACCAGCCCAAAGUCGGGCAGUGUUAUUGAUCUGUCUUCAGGCGGUAAACCCGCUGACUCGCUGGAGAAACAGACGGGGCCCGUCACAGUUAGCAGAGAGAGCCCUAGCACAGAUAAGUCUGAUUCUCCCAAGGCUUGCAGUCCCGUUGACCUGGUUGUGUACGAACCUCACGACUGCCCUUCGUCCAGCAAAGACACCUUGUCCACAAAAGACCCUGACGACGAUGAGUGUGAGGAGCUAGUAUCCAUCAUUCAGGCUAGCCAGUCAAAAGGCUGUUUUGAACAAGAGGAAGGGUUUAACAGACAAACACCGGUUACCUCUGAUGAGCUACCCAAACUGUACAUAGAGGAAGAGCCGAGCGAAACCAGCAAGACGCCAGACGAAGCCCUAACGUUGAACACCUUUAGACCAGUCCAACCUGAAGAGUCAGAACAAGAGGUAGAGCCUGCUGAAGGUACCCAGAGUGCCCCUCUGCGCCUCUCUUCCCCUCCCUCACAGACGUCUCUUACCUCCACACUCCCUGCUUCCAAAUAUUCACCCCCUUCCCCUCCCUCCACCCCUCCACUCCCAGGAACCUCCCAUUCCCCACCCCCCACCUCCAAACAAUCCCCCCGCACAGAGCCCAGGUCUCCAAAAGUCAAGCCUGUGUUAAGGCGUGAUGUUAUGGUUGUGGGUAAGCCUCCCCGUAGUCCUGUGAUGUCUAGACGCUCCUGUGGCUCCCCUGUUAAAGGUCGAAGCUUUUCUCCAUCUUAUAGGUCAUCACGGCAGGCCUACGUGCAAGAUUCUCUACAGGGUGGCGGGGAACCGUUUCAAGCCCUUUAUAACUACAUGCCUCGAAAUGAGGAUGAGCUGGAGCUGAAGGAAGGCGAUAUUGUUGAUGUUAUGGAGAAGUGCGAUGAUGGCUGGUUUGUGGGAACGUCCAGGAGAACUAAGUUCUUUGGAACCUUCCCUGGGAAUUACGUGAAGAGGUUGUAA